UUCAUUCACUACGGAUUUGUCGAGUUAACCUGAUCUCUGUACGAUUUUUCAUUCCUUGCACGAAUCUACUUGCUUCUUUUUUUUUCUUUCACAGUUGCUGCAUGCGUAAAGUGCUUUGCUAAGCGUGCUGUCUCCAGGUGCGCGGACAAAGCUCUUCUCUGUGAACUUUUACCUUUUUUUUUUUUUUGCACAACCUACCUGAGUUGUGUUGUGUUCCCUCUCUGCAAGCCUCUACUCCUCUCCACCAUGGAUUUGGUUUGGAUUGUAGGCUUCGUUGUGAGCGUCUGCGCCUGGUUUGCUUCAGCGGAGCGGCACAGCGUCUACUGGAACAGCACGAACCCAAAGUUUCUAUGGGACGACUACACCGUGGAGGUGAAGCUCAAUGACUACCUGGACAUCGUCUGCCCACACUACCCUCAGGGCGAGGUGCCGCUGCUGGAUGCUGAACGAUACGUGCUGUACAUGGUGGAGCGAGAGGACUACGAGUCAUGCAAGCCCCAAUCAUACGACCAGAUGCGUUGGGAGUGUGGCCAUCCGUUUGCUCCCCACGUCCCAGAGAAGUUCUCGGAAAAGUUCCAGCGCUUUACUCCGUUUACUCUGGGAAAGGAGUUCCGCCAAGGAGAAAGCUACUAUUAUAUCUCCAAACCUUUGCACCACCAUGGACAGGAGUGCCUCAGGCUCAAGGUGGAUGUUGUAGCUGCUGAUGGCUCUCAAGAGGCCAGAGUGGCUAAAGGAGGCCCAGGUGGGGCUGGAGCCGGUGCAGGGGGUGGGGUUCACAACCCGUCCAACAGACUGCCUGCAGCAGAUGACCCGGUGGUAAACCUGCCAGAGGUCCAGAAGAGCGUACGGUCAGGCGCUGCAGUGACGGCGACGACGUCCCUCUCGAUCCUCUCACUGCUGGUCCCGUUUUCAUUACUGCUACUGUUGCACUGAGAGCACAUGAAAGGACUGCUGUUAGCAGACAUUUUUCUUCAGGGACUACAAUGAAGACAGUCCGUGGGGAUGAAACCACUGACUCAAAAAGACAGUUUUCCAUGCCCAGUGCUGGCCACGGGGAGAGACUUUUGAGGCUUGUAAAGUACAGAUGGACUCGCUGAGCGUUUGAGACAAAGUAUGCCUGCUUUGUCUUACUUUUCAAUAGGUGACAGUAUUUUUUUCUUGGAAAGACCAAGCUCUCCUUAAUUAGCAUUUUUUUAGUGCUCUCUCUGAACAUUUUUUGGAUGAUAACCCAGGAGAAAAUAUGAAGACGUCGACGAGGAACUUCAAGUGGCCGAAGAACAAUUGGGAGCAAAGACGCCAACUCUGUUUUGAAUUCUAUAAAAUUAAAAUUCCACAUUCAAUGGAAAAGUCAUCUCUUACCUUUUGAGCCAAAGAUCAGUCAUCUCUCCAACUUGUACACUAUUCCACCCUUGAGUAUCGUGUACUACUUGUUGUAUUGUUAUCGUAAUGGUAUUGAGUGGCAUUGAUGUCCCAAGUGAUUACUUUCUCUAAAUGUAGCAUUGACAGACACGGGGGCAGUCACGUCUCAUGACUACCAUUCCUUUGCGACCAUGUGCUUAUAUACUGUAGCACUAAUACUGCACAGUACAGACACACACUCCACGACAGUGUUACACACACAUACACACCACACUGACGACAUAAGACAUGAACACACACUACAUUGAACUGUGUUACGUGUACAUUCUGUGAAGAUAAUUUAUGACAUUUGCAGCUGAGAAGUUUUACUGUAUAUACCAUGUGCUCACGAAAAAUGUUUACUGUUGGCAAUGGGGAGAGCUUUUUUUUUUCUCUCUCUCUCCUUGUAGAGUUGUGUGAACGAGAAAAUGUGAGCGUAAGAUGCGUGAUCGAUUGAUUGAUUGAAAGAGUGAUGAGACGAAAUGUUUUUCUGCCAAAAGCAAACACUGAGAUGUUGUGUGUGUACCGCAGAGAGGCGGGACUUCUCUGUUUGUUGCAUCUUGCCGCUGUAUUGGUUAAACCGUCUGACAUAAAGUGCUGGUAUCAAAUCUUUUA